UUGGAUUAAUUAGCUACUAGGGCGGAACGAAGAAAAACGGAGUAGAGCGAAGCGAAAGCCUCCACAAGGGUUUCUUUCUCCUACUUUUCUUGGUGAUUCAUUCUCACUAACUAACCACCGUCGUAACAUACAUAACAACCACACAAUCGCUCAUCGCCGAAACCCUCAAACGCCACCGUUUCAUCGUUAAAUGCUUUUCAACACUGUGUUUCUCUAGUUGCAGAGGUUCACUGGCCACACACCAAUGGCUCUAUCACUCGGAAAAAUCACCAUUCUCCUUGGUGCAGGUUUUGUUGGUUCAGUAAUGGCGAAAGAAGGAGGAUUGCCAGAUGUAUCUGGUCUAGUAUCUGGGGCUUUUAAGGUUGUUUUAAGGCAACUUAAAAGCAAUGAUCCUACUCCAACUGUUAAAAAGCCACAUAAUGAUGCUUUGAUUGAUCAGGUUAAUAGCCUUCGGCAGGAACUACAAAAUCUUGCUAGGGAGAGAUCAAUCACUAUUGUAAAUGCAAGUGGAACAGGAGGAAGAAAGUAUGUAACAGGGGUCGUUAUUGUUGUGGUAGCAUAUGGAUACAUUAGGUGGAAGGGAUGGAUUCCUAAUAUGAUGUUUGCUACAAGACGUAGUCUAUCCGAUGCAUGUAAAUCUAUAGGUAUUCAGAUGGGGAAGGUUUAUGAAGCAAUUGAGGAUGCCAAGAAGAAGAUAUCUGGUAGAGUGGACAAUCUGGAUGAAAAAAUAGAUGAAUGUGCAGCCAUUGCAGAAAAUGUCCAAAAAGAUAUCCCUGAAAUACAGCACGACACAGGAUUAAUGAACCGAGAUGUCCAGGGUUUUCAAGUUGCACUCCUUAAUCUUCGAUAUAAACUCGAAGAAAUAGAAAAGAAUCAGGUGGACACAAUUGAAAGAGUGGGAGCAAUAGUUGAAAUUACCUAUGAAAUUCAGAAUGGCAGCAUUGCGGAGUAUAUUGAGGGAUCUUCAUCCAACAGAGCCAUUGAGCUACCUCCAGUUACACCCUCUUCCAGGGCUGCUCCUUCCUGGCCAUCUCUUGAACAGCCAUCUCUUACCCCAUUAUCUAGGAUCGCAUCCUUGCCUCCAACUAGGCCAGCUGAUCCACAGUCUCCAUCAAAUACGGUUGAAUCUUACCAGCAGAGUAGUCAAAUAUCCGAGAUAAAUUUGCCCAGUAGUAGUGUAGGUCCGAUGAAAACUCCUAUAGAAAAUAAGACCAAUGGAUCUAGCUCUGGCGGCUUCUUUGGGCUAAAUUUAUCAAGCGUCUAUACUCUAACAAGAACUCGCAGCGCGACAAACGCAGUACUACAACAAACUCGUCCAAGUAGUUGAUAACAGUACCAGCCCUGAUAAAUAUAUUUUUUUUGUUGGUCUCCAGUAAAUUAUAGAUGAUUGGAUAUUUUGAGGGGGAUGGUGUAUACCACCGGUAAGGAGGUGGCUGUUUAGCGAUUGUAUGCACCAUCGAUUACAGGUAUGCCAAAGCCAGUCUUGUUAGAUAAACGACUGAGCAGUGAAUUUUGCAGAGAUGCUGUUUCUCGGUUUCCUUAGAUUAUUAUUACUAAAAUAAGAGUUUAUUUUCUCCAAUAUUUAACUAAGAAAGCCAGAAAAGUUUAAUUUUUGUGAACUCUUAGUCUCCAUAUUAUUUUGAGAUUGAAAUACAAAAUCUUGUUAAGAAUUUUAGUAGAAAAUAUUGGAUCGUAGUUAAUAGAUA